CUCUGCUGAAAGCGGCAGGUUGUUAGUUUAUUCGAAGGAUGCGCAGAAAUGUUUUAUUAAUUUGCUUAAUAACAAUAAGUUUAAGCAAACCGAACAUCGGGACAACAGAAGAGCAAUGUAGCAGCGCAGAGCAUAAAACAUGCCGCGGAUCCGAUGCAAUCGACGCAGAAUUUAGUAAAAUAACGCGUCGAAUUCAGAAGGCUCUGGCCAGCUAUGAGCCAUGCAGCAGAGAUGGAAGUGACGCCAAUUGCACCUGCCACGUUGCGGUUCUCAAACGGGAUCUGGCGCCCUACAAAUCAACAGGUUUCAGUCGAAAAAUGAUUGAGGACGCAGCGAAGUUUGGAACGCAAUAUAAGAUAUAUGAGAAGCAGCUUUAUCGGGACGCCAACUGCAUGUUCCCCGCCCGCUGCCAGGGUAUAGAGCACUUCCUGUUGCAGCUGCUUCCGGAGUUGCCCAACAUGGACAUGGUGAUCAACACUCGGGACUAUCCACAGCUGCAUUCCAGUUGGACUCGCGCCGGCCCGGUUCUCUCCUUCUCCAAGACCAAUGACUAUCGCGAUAUUAUGUAUCCAGCUUGGACGUUUUGGGCAGGUGGACCAGCCACAAAGUUACAUCCCACGGGUAUCGGACGAUGGGACUUAAUGCGCGAAAAGCUGAAGAGUCGCGCCUCAAGCAUUCCCUGGCAUGAGAAGCAGGAGAUUGGUUUCUUUCGCGGCUCACGUACAUCUGAUGAACGGGAUUCGUUGAUUUUGCUAUCUCGGCGUAAGCCUGAGCUUGUGGAGGCGCAGUAUACAAAGAAUCAGGCGUGGAAGUCACUGAAAGACACGCUUGACGCUCCGCCAGCAGCUGAAGUGUCCUUUGAGGAUCAUUGCAAAUACAAAUACCUGUUCAAUUUUCGCGGAGUGGCGGCCAGCUUUCGUCUAAAGCAUCUCUUCCUCUGCAAGUCCCUUGUCUUUCAUGUGGGUGACGAGUGGCAAGAGUUUUUCUACGAUCAGCUGAAGCCAUGGGUGCACUAUGUGCCCCUCCAAAGUUAUCCCAGCCAGGAGCAAUACGAAGAACUGCUUAUCUACUUUAAAAAGAAUGACGUCAUGGCACAGGAAAUAGCUCAACGUGGACACGACUUCAUCUGGCAGCAUCUUCGGAUGCAGGAUGUUAAAUGUUACUGGAAGAAUCUUCUCAAACGCUACGAAAAGCUUAUGAAAUACGAGGUGCAACCAGAUCCUGAAUUGAUACACAUUGGUGGACCCACCAAGGAUGAACUAUAGUUCUUUAAGAUCGGAAUCUCUAAAUUAUACAAGCAUUGUAAAUGUAUUUAAUAGAUUUUUUAUUUAUAAAUAUAUAAAUGCAACUUGGACAAUGUAACUAUUGCAAUAUACUUGACCGCUUUGGCAACUUUGUUUUUAGGUGGUGAUGAUGAAGGCUUAAUAUUUCCAUCAAUACGAAUUUUUAGAAGAUUGUAAGGGUGAAUGAAUAAAUGAUGAAGUUUGUAUAUGUAUUUAGAACUCUUAAA